CAUUACUACAGCACUUGGAGUCAUCACCUAACUCAGCUCCUCAGUUUCCUCUCCUUCUUGAAAACAUAGCCACAUCUCAAUGGACAAUGAUAGUCAUGCUCUCCCUCCUCUCUUCCUCAACUUCCUCUUCCCUCCUUUCUCUCUCUAGAAAACUCUGUCUUCAGACCUUCACAAGAACUUUUUCACGCAGCAGCAGCAGCACUACCAUGGCCAUAAACUUGCAGUCCCAUGCCUUUGCCGGCAAUUCUUUGAGAUCCAAGACCCCAAAACCCGAAGACCCACGUUCACCAAUCACAGCCCUUGAAACCCUCAAGACCCAGCUCUUAGAUGCUAAUCCCCACCACCAGCUUUCUUCCCCUUCUUUCAAGGUCCUGCCUUUCCUGAAAGGCAGGCCCUUGGCGGCUUCGGGUGCUGGACCCGGUGACUCGUCCCCAAAUUGGCAUCUGGGUUGGAUUAGUUUGGCAGAUUGCAAGGGUUACUUGGCCAAUUCCGGGGUCGAGUUGAGCGGUGACUCGAUGGUGUACCUGGGUUCGUGGCCCGAGGAGGAUGUCGUCUAUUGGGCAAUUGAUGUUUCUGGUGAGGGUGGUCUCGUGCCUGAGUUUGGGAGCAAGCAGCUCUGCUUUGUUGAGCUGAGGACGCUAAUGGUAGCGACGGAUUGGGCCAAUGCGCGAGCUAUGGGGGAAUUGGCUGUUGCUGGCCAUGCCAGGGCAUUGCUAGAAUGGCAUAGCGUAUCACGAUUUUGUGGACAUUGUGGAGAGAAAACAGUCCCAAUGGAAGCUGGGAGGCGGAAGCAAUGUUCGAAUGAGUUGUGCAAAACGAGGAUUUACCCUCGUGUUGAUCCAGUUGUCAUCAUGUUGGUCAUUGAUAGAGAGAACGACCGUGCACUCUUAAGUAGACAAUCAAGAUUUGUACCCCGUAUGUGGAGCUGCUUAGCUGGUUUUAUAGAGCCAGGAGAAAGCUUGGAAGAGGCAGUGAGAAGAGAAACAUGGGAGGAGACUGGUAUUGAAGUAGGAGAAGUCAUAUACCAUAGCUCUCAACCGUGGCCUGUUGGACCAAGUAGCAUUCCAUGCCAGUUGAUGGUUGGCUUUCAUGCAUAUGCAAAAUCACUAGAAAUAAACGUGGACAAGGAAGAGUUGGAAGAUGCUCAGUGGCACAGUAGAGAAGAUGUGAAAAAAGCUCUGACAUUUGCCGAAUACAAAAAAGCUCAAGAAACUGCAGCAGUCAGGGUGGAACAGAUGUGCAAGGGAGUUGAGAAAGGACAGAACUUGGCUGCGGACUUCAAUGUGGAAAGUGGUGAACUUACUCCCAUGUUUAUCCCUGGGCCAUUUGCCAUUGCCCAUCACCUCAUCUCGUCCUGGGUCUACCAAGAUGCUAUCAAUGGCCUUCAAGCUCAUUCAAAAGAACCUAGUGGUUCUCUAUCAAAUUUGUAGUAGUGGCUCAAUUCAGUUUUAAGACAGCAUAAAAGUCCAGAAUCCCCCACUCAUGGAGUGAGUUUCUUUUUUUGACCAAAGGUUAGUCUCCCUACAUUGUUUCUCAAGACGAUAAAGGGUAGUCGGAGCCUCGGCAACGUGGAUAUUCUAUCCUGUCCUGGUCAUAAAAGAUUAUGCCGCCUCUGGAAUGAUAGGGCGGUUUUCUUUAUUUGUUAUACAAAUAUAACUCAUAUCUUGUUGAAUUUGUUAUUGUUACACCUACUCAUGUUCUAAAACCUGUGAUUCUAUCUUGUAUCCACAUGCUUCAGUUGUAUGGUUGGUUGCUUCAUAUAGGAAUAGAGCCAGUGAUGCACACAAGUCCAAAUAUCGAUUUAGAGCAUCUGUCUCGCAUUUCUUUUCUUAUAUCUGAGCUUCCUCAAAGUGCAAGGAUCUUGUGCCUUUUCUCCAUUUUUCAAUUUGUGCGGCUGAUCUAGUAGUCACCCACUUUAUUUGAACAUCCCAGUAGCAUUUCCAUGGGACAUGCGUAGCUUGGUUGCAGGAGUCAACAAUGGGCUAUAAAAGAGGGGGUGAGAAAGUGAAUGAUCAGUGUCACAGGGUGAUUGUUUUAUAUGUUCUUAUCUGGAUAAAGAAACUGUUUGUGAUAUAGAACUUUUAUGCAGGUUCUGUAAGAGUAAUAUUUUUGACAGAUUAUGGCUGUUUGGGGUUUGGAGCUUGAUAUUUGAUGACCAACAUUCACAUAUUUGUAGCCAAUC